CAGAAUAUUUGUGUCAACUGUGUCCAUAGUAACCGCGACACAAUCACAAAGCUAGCUAGCUUGUUGCAGUGGAUGUUUUGAUCUCUCAGCAUGCAUCUGAAACACUUGAAGACACUCGUAAAUGCACAGAAUGGUUCUUCCAGAGUUGUUGCAAUGGCCUGGUCCCCCUGCAACAGUAAACUGGCUGUGUGCACAGUGGAGAGGGUAGUGUGGCUGUUUGAUGAGCAGGGAGAGAGACAAGACAAGUUCUCUACCAAACCUGCAAACUCAAGCUUGGGUAAGAAAUGCUACCAGGUGACAUGUCUUGCCUUCUCCCCGGACUCCACCAAGAUUGCUGUGGGACAAACGGACAAUAUUGUGUUUGUGUACAAGAUCGGAGAAUCCUGGGGUGAGAAGAAAGUGAUCUGUAACAAGAUCAUUGUCCAGAGUGCAGUGACGUGUAUGGUGUGGCCGCCUGAACAAACCUCCUUUGUGUUUGGGCUGGCAGACGGGAAGGUCAAGCUGGGUGCACUCAAGGGCAGCAAAUCACAGACUAUAUACAACACUGGAGCUUGCACUGUGUCCAUAGCCCUCAGUCCCUCUGGGAAAGGUGUACUCACGGGCCAUGCAGACGGUACCAUUGUGAAGUACAUGUUCGAGGAAGAUGGUGGAAACUCUUCUACUGCUAGGGGCCCUGUGUGUCGUCAUCCGUGCCCUCCAUACGCUCUAGCCUGGGGAGGCUCCACCAUUUUGGCUGCUGGAUGUGACAGGAGAGUCCUAGUAUACAGCAAUGAGGGAAAGAUAGUCCAGCAGUUUGAUUACUCCAAGGAAGACAAUGAGAAAGAGUUCACAUGUGCCACUGCCAGUCCUAGUGGACAGUCGUUUGUGCUGGGCAGUUUUGAUCGUCUGAGAGUCUACAAUUGGUCACCUAAGAAGGAGAGUUGGGAGGAGGUGGCCCCCAAAGAGGUGGAGAAUCUCUACACACUCACUGCUCUCUCUUGGAAGAAAGAUGGCUCUCGACUAGUGGCUGGCUCUCUAUGUGGUGCUGUGGAGCUGUUUGAUUGUUGCCUCAAGAGAGUGCGCUUCAAGAACAAAUUCGAGAUGACGUAUGUCGGCCUCAGUCAGGUGAUAGUCAAGAACCUGACCUCUGGUAGUCGUGUAGUCCUCAAAUCUCACUAUGGCUAUGAGAUUGAGCGAGUACAGAUUAUGGGCAAGGAUCGUUACCUGGUGGCUCACACCUCGGCCACACUGCUCCUGGGUGACCUCCUCUCCUGUAAACUCAGUGAGGUGGCCUGGCAGGACACGGGAGGCAAUGAGAAGUUCUACUUUGAGAAUGAAAACGUGUGCAUGAUUUUCAAUGCUGGUGAGCUGUCGCUGGUGGAGUAUGGAGUGAAUGACCUUUUGGGUUUGGUGAGGACAGAGUUCAUGAACCCUCACCUCAUCAGUGUGCGGAUCAAUGAGAGGAAGCAGGUUGACAACAAAAAACUUGCCUACCUCAUUGACAUGCACUCCAUCUGCAUACUUGACCUUGUACAUGGACUCACAGUGACUACAGUCAAUCAUGACACUAGAAUCAACUGGCUAGAGCUCAAUGAGACUGGCAGGAAGCUGCUCUUUAGGGACAAAAAGUUAAAGCUGCACCUGUAUGACAUUGAGAGUGACUCGAGGGCUACUCUCCUUAGCUACUGCUCCUAUGUGCAAUGGGUCCCCCUCAGUGACGUGGUCGUGGGUCAGAACAGAGGGAACCUCUGCGUCUGGUACAACAUCGACAUGCCAGACAAAGUCACCACUUUCCCACUAAAGGGUGAGGUGUCUGAUCUUGAAAGACGUGAUGGACGUACAGAGGUCAUAGUUCAAUCUGGUGUUGAUACGGUGUCCUACACUCUUGACGAGGGUCUGAUUGAGUUUGGUACUGCAAUUGAUGACCACGACUACCUGAGAGCUCUCACAUUCCUGGAGACUCUCGAGAUGACCCCUGAGACAGAAGCCAUGUGGAAGAGUCUGGGAGACCUAGCUCUCAAGGCCAGACAGUUAAAGAUUGCUGAGAGGUGUUAUGCUGCACUUGGUGAUAUUGCCAAGGCUAGAUAUCUCAGGGAAGUGGGGGAAAUGGCGCGGAAGAUUGAGACAGAGACUGGCCAUUCUGAUGGGACUAAGCACUACCUGGUUCAGGCCAAACUGGCUGUACUCAGAAAGCAGUUCAAAGAGGCAGAGGCCAUACUGCUGGAGAGAGGGGAGGUGGACAAGGCUAUGGCUAUGUAUAUGGACGUGUUCAGAUGGGAGGAUGCCAUUGCUGUGGCACAGAGCAGAGGGCAUUCUGAUCUUCCCACAAUUCGCACCAACUACUUCCAAUGGUUGAUGGACAGUGGUCAAGAGGAGAGGGCUGGUGAAGUGAGGGAGAGAGAGGGUGACCUGGACGCUGCCAUAUCCCUAUACAUGAAGGCUGGGCUCCCUGCUCGUGCUGCCAGGGUGGUGCAGCAUCACCCACAACUUUCAGGGCAGCCUGACCUACUCCAACAGAUUGCCUCGUCCCUAGGCAAGGCUGGGCUUCAAGAGAAAGCUGGAGAGAUGUACGAGCUGGCUCGCAACUUCCAACAAGCUAUGGAGGCCUAUCGAUCUGGAGGGGCUUAUCGCAGAGCGGUAGAGUUGGCUCGUGUGACGUAUCCGAACGAGGUGGUGGGUCUGGAAGAACAAUGGGGAGACCAUCUCUGCUCUAGGAAGCAGUACGAUGCUGCCAUAAUGCACUACAUCGAAGCUGGUUGCUCACAGAAAGCAAUAGAGGCAGCUCUGCAAGCACGUCAAUGGAACAAGGCCAUUCAAAUCCUUGAUCUGCAGGAGCCAUCGGAAAGUGUGAACUAUUUCAAGCAGAUAGCAGAGCACUACUCGAGUACUCGUGAGUAUGGCCUUGCCGAGCAGUUCUAUAUGAAGGCAGGCGUGGCACAGGAAGCUGUGGACAUGUACAUCAAAGCUGACAAAUGGGAGGAGGCAUACCCUCUUGCUGUGGGGUGCAUGCCACAGGAUGAGGUGAGACAGCUCUAUGUGACCAAGGCCCUGGAGCUGGAGGCUGGAGGCAAGCUAAAGGAGGCAGAGAGACUCUAUGUGGUCGUGGAGGAACCUGAUCUGGCCAUCAGCAUGUACAAGAAAGCCAAGCAGUACGAUCCCAUGGUCAAACUAGUUGCCCAGUUCCAUGAAGACCUGCUCAAAGACACACAUCUGCAUCUGGCUAAGGAGCUAGAGAGAGAGGAGCACUUUCGUCAAGCUGAGCACCAUUUUGUGGAGAGUGGAGACUGGAAGGCUGCCAUCAAUAUGUACAGGACCAAGAGCAUGUGGGAUGAUGCGUACAGGGUAGCCAAAGGUCAUGGAGGGUCAAAUGCUGCAAAUCAAGUGGCAUACCUCUGGGCUAAGAGCUUAGGAGGAGAAAGUGCUGUAAAACUUCUCACAAAGUUCGGGCUCUUGGAGGCAGCAGUGGACUAUGCAACUGAGAAUUUCGCCUUUGAGUUUGCAUUCAGCAUUGCCAAAGUUGCCCUCAAAUCAAAACUAUCAGAGAUUUAUCUCAAGUAUGCCCUCUACCUAGAGGACGAGGGCAAAUACUCUGAGGCUGAGACUGCGUUUGUGAGAGGUGGGAAGCCCAAAGAGGCUGUGUUGAUGUAUGUCCAUCAACAGAAGUGGGACUCUGCUCAGAGAGUGGCCGAGGAACACUGUCCAGAGAGUGUACCAGAUGUGUUAGUCGGACAGGCGAGAAGUGCCUUUGAGAGGAAAGACUUUCAAAAAGCAGAGACCUUCUUAUUGAGGGCCGAGCGACCUGACUUGGCUGCAAAAUUCUACAAAGAUGCUGAUAUGUGGGCUGAUGCUCUGAGGAUCGUAAAAGACUACAUUCCCAGCAAUUUGGACAGUUUCCAAAAGGAAAUGGCCUCCAAAAGUGGAAAGAACUAUGAGGAGCUACUGUCACAAGGCUCCAUGUGGGAACAAAAUGGAGAGUACUCUCAUGCUAUAGACCUCUACCUCCAACUCAAUACUCAAAACUGCUCUGACAUGUCCCUACUCAUUAGCACAUGGGAGAAGACUGUAGACUUGGCACAGAAGUUUGUGCCUGAGCGUUGUGUGGAUGUGGCUGCCCUUGUGUGUGAUCGUCUGGCCCAUAUGGGUGACUAUCGUAGAGCGGGAGAGCUGUUUGUGAGUGUGGACAUGAUCAAGGAGGCUCUGGACAUGUUCAUGAUGUCCGAGGACUGGGAAAGGGCCAGGCACAUUGCGAGAAAUGUGGCACCAAAGUAUGAGCAGUAUGUGGAGGAUGCUUAUGUGGAUUUCUUGAAGAAUCACAACAAAGCUGAGGAGAUGAGUGAUGUGAAUCCAGAGGGUGCCCUCAAGAUGUACUGUGAGGCUGGGGAGUGGGAGAAAUGUCUGGAGCUGGCUGGAAAACAAGGAACGGGGAUACUUGCCAAAUAUGUGGCUCUUUAUGCUGCCCAUCUCAUCAAGUCCAAUGCUUCUCUGAGUGCUCUCCAGUUGUUCUUAAAGUAUGGGGCUCCUGCUAACCCACAGAACUUCAAUAUCUACAAGCGACUCUGUCUGGAGGUGUACGGUCAACAAGUGGAGGGAGUGGCAAGCUACAGCACGUAUGCCAACCUCAGAAACAUGCUCUACACAUUGGUUGAGGAUCUUGGACAGACUUCUGAGGCUGGUAGUGUGACUCAUAGGGAGUUUGAAAAGCACCUUCUCAUUUCCCACUAUCUUGCUACCCGGGCUGCCUUCCAGGGCUCUCAGCAGUUGGACCAGUUAGUGGCCAAGCUCUCCGUCUCAUUGUUGCGUCACACUGACAUUGUGCCUGCUGACAAGGCAUUCUUUGAGGCUGGCACUCACUGUAGGACAGUGGAAUGGGACAACAUGGCGUUUGUGUUUGCCAACAGGUUCCUGGAUCUGUGUGAAGCAAUCGAGGAAGGCUCCCUUGACAUGCUGGACAACUCAGACUUCACAGAGACUGACAUUCCAUUUGAGGUCCCUCUUCCAGAAACACCUUACCUCCCUGAGGAGAAGCGAGAGGAACUGAAAGAAUGGGUAUUGGCUGUGUCCAUGGAUCAGAGGGUGGAGCAAAUCUUGCCCUCUGAUGAUAGGGGCACUUAUGUUGCAUCACUUUCCUGCCCUCACACACAGGUCACCUCACUCCCUUGUGUUAUCACAGGCUAUCCAGUGCUGCGACAUAAAGUGGAAUUCAAGAGAGGUGGACGCUGUGCCAACAAGGAAGACUGGAACAAGUUUGUCAUGGCCACCAAGGUGUCCAGAACUGAGGAGUGUUUAGAUGUGUGGAAAUUUCUAUCCAAGUGGUGUGGAACUGCCCUUUCCCCUUCCUACUCAUUUCAAUGAACACUGCAACCCGAACGCUUAUACAAAUAGCUAUAAUUAUACUAUAACUGGCAAAUACUGUUUAUAAUAAUUUAAAGUUGAUGCAGAUAAUUUCUCUGAUUGUUGUACUGUGAACAAACUUUCAUAAUUCAUCUUCUAAAACAGUCAAUACAUGUAGUUGAUUUCUCUAAUCAGCUAACAGAGUUUAUUCAUAGAUCCAUUGCUGCUCUGUGGGGGUCCAUUUCACCAAUUCUUCCUCCUUGAACCACAGGGCAAUCUCCUUGUUUGCACUGUCAACCGAGUCACUUCCAUGGCAGAUGUUACGUCCAAUGUGGAUACAGAAAUCACCUCGAAUGGUGCCUGGAUUAGACUUGCCCUGUAGUGAUAAAUAUAUGAUGAUUUCAUACAGUAUAUACACAGUACAAGUCACAAGCCAGUACUAUAUACUUACUGGAUCAGUUUCACCGAGCAUUGUCCUGCCAGUGGCGACGACACCCAGACCUUCCCACACCUGCAAACAGAUCGGCUAGUGAAACAACACACGAUGGCUCAUGGUACACUCACCAUGCAUACCACAGGAGAGGAGGCCAUGAACUUCACUAGCGUUGGGAAAAAUGGCUUUGAACUCAAAUCACCAUAAUGCUUCGCCAGUAGUUCCUCGGUUGGCUGUAUUGAGUACAGAAAUAGAUUAUUAAUUAAGCGAGGCUCUUUGUAGUACUGUUACCUGCAUGAACUUCAUUGCAACCAGCUUGAAUCCUUUCUGUUCAAAUCUUUUGAGGAUAUCACCUAUGAGUCCACGCUGGACGCCAUCAGGCUUGAUCAUAAUGUAGGUACGCUCAUCCUUCUUGCUUGCCAUCGUCGAAAACUCUUCUCUGUACUACUGUACUGUGUAGCUGCUAGUUUUUCAGGAAA